GGUGAAAUCCAUAAGGCUACCUCGGGACAGUGGCGAGAAUGGGCGUUUCAAAGGAUUUGGUUAUGUUGAAUUUGGAACACGGUCAGAGCUUAUUGAGGCACUUACUAAAAAUGAGGAUACCAUGGGAAACCGUAAGAUACGUAUUGACGUAGCAGGUGGUGAAGGUGGAAAUCAAAGAAGAGGGUUUUCUGAUAGAGGUGGUGGCAAUCGUGAUAGAGAUGAAGAUCGUUUGGAUCGUAGUGAAGGCGUAUCAGAUUGGCGUGCAGCUCCUAGAGAUUCGGCUCCCCGAGAUGGAGGUCGUGAUGACAGAAGCCCACCCAGGGGUGGUUUUGAACGUGACAGGUGGGAUGAUAGGAGAGAUGGUUUUGGUGACCGUGAUCGUGGAGGUUUUGGUGAUAGGGAUCGUGACCGUGGAGGCUUUGGUGAUAGAGACCGUGAUCGGGGGGGAUUUGGUGACCGUGAUCGCGAACGUGGUGGAUUCGGAGACAGAGACCGAGGAGGUAGGUGAUACGCUUUGUUGAUCUGU